AUAUACCUCAUCCUCAUCCACAGUCUGUGGACUUAAUUCCGUGUGGGCAACAGGGGUGCAUUUAAAAUGCCCCCAAUUUUUAAAUUGAUCCAAUCCGCGUAGAACCAAGUCGUUCCCCGCAAAUUCUUGAAUCCGCAGUAGCGUGGAUUUGACAGUAAAGUCUGUCACACUUCCCUCUGCGAAUGUCUCGUUCAAAUUGCAAUCGAUCACUGGGCUUAUUUUAUUGCUAAAGCCACCCCCACUUAAUUCUACAGAGGAGAUUUUUUACCAUCUGUGUGUGUGUGUGUCUGUGCCAAAUUCUCAACCAAGUAGCCGCACGUGCUUCUCACAAUACCGCGCUUUUAAUUUAAAUUUUGCAUCCCCUUCAUGUGCGCAUUGUUUUUGAUAAGCGUGAGACACUGACUGACCGGCGGAGAGCUCGUGCUGCAGGAGCGGAAGGUGCGCGAGACUCGGUUUGGAUCACACACACACACACACACGAUGAGUGCGCGCGGUGAGGAAGCCGCCGGCGAAGCUUCAGGAUCGCAGCCCGAGCCCGAGCCCGCCCCGCCUGAGCCAAAGAAGAGGGGACCGGGUAGACCCAGGAAGCCGCAACAGGAACCCACAGGAGAGCCUGUCCCCAAACGACCGAGGGGACGCCCCAAAGGAAGCAAGAACAAGGGCCCCUCCAAAGCAGUGCAGAAGAAAGCUGAGACCACAGGGGAGAAGAGACCUCGAGGAAGACCCAGGAAAUGGCCACAGCAAGUGGUCCAGGAAAAGACCGCUCUGGAAGAAGAAGAGGAGGAGGCGGAGCAAGAAGAGGACUAAGCAACCACAGGAUUUUACCUCUACCUCAUCCAGCUGUCAGCUCUCUCCGAGGGAAAAGACUGCCUUGACCACUUAUUAUUGACUUCCCACUUUCGUUUGAUCAUUUACGUUUGUUUAUUUUCAUUUUUUCUCAUUGGUUUAUUUGGGUUUGGUUUCGUUUUGUGAUCAACACACACAACACCUCAGAGCGUAACCUGAAAAAAAAAGACGCAAAUGCAAACAAACAUCUUGCAGAUGACAUUUGAAGCCGCCUGGCUGUUUCCACUUCCCACAAAACAGCUGUAAGCACAUAGGCGCAGGGGUUAAACAUACAGGCUGUGCUACAGUGGCUCUUUUCACCACACACAAACACACACACACACACACACACACACAAACACACACAUACACACUCUUGUUGACUUAUUUUUCAGGUAACAUUGGCAAAGUAGAAGGUGAAACUGUCUGGGUUUGUCAUUCAACAUGUGGUGCUUCUUAUAUCUGGGUGGAGCUUGCACAAGACCCCCCCCCCCCCCCCCCCACAGUAUCGUACCACCAAAGACCAUUUUCCCUUCCCUUUCCACUUCAUUUUGAUGUUUUGACCAAAAUGAAAGUGAGCUUUAAAAGUAUUUGCCUUAAAACUGCAAACAGAGCCUUAAACCUAUUCGUUUCUAUCAUUUAAAAAUGUGCAAGUGGAUACCUCAAAAUGAAAAUUGUUAUCAUUGACUCAUUUUCAUGUUUUUCAAAAACCCAUUCGACUUUGUUUCUUCUGUUGAACACAGAGGGAGAUGUUUUGAAAAAUGUCUGUGCCUUCUUGAGUCUUUUCUAUACAAUGAAGUGAAUGGUGAGCGCAGUUGUUGAGGAAGUAUUUCAGUGUAUAAAAACAUAAAUUUAAAUGUAUUUAGCACCCAAAGCUGUCAUAUGCUGUCAAAUUUUUUUUUAGCUUGAUCUCCAUUCCAUUUCAUUAUGUGGAAAAGUGCAACAUGAACUAUAUUCAAAACAUCUGUUUUUGAGUUUUACAGAAAAAAGUAAAAAGUUAGUCAUACAGGUUUGGAAGAAGUAAAUAAUGACAGAAUGUUUAUUUUCUGGUAAAUUAUCCCUCAUUAACUGUCAUACCCAUGUCCCUCGUGUCCUUGGUGGUGAUUUAUUAUUUUUUGAAACUGAUAACGGUGAACACUAAAUGUCUCAUUGGGUCACCGUUUUCAGCAUUACUGCAGAACAGUAGUUCUACUGUACAUAUCUUCACGACUUCGGCUUUGCUUAAUUAACAUACGUGUACAAAAUUGUGUUUUUAUUUUCUUGUAUGACAUAGCUUUAAGAAAAUAAGUUUUUGACAAAUUCAGUGAAAGGGAAAUAUAUCAACUCAGUCAAGACCUAAACCUCAAGAAACACAGGAACAAAACCACACUAUACCUCAUUAAACACAGAAAUACCUGAAUUGCGGCGAUGGCGUCAAACGGCAUUCGGCGAAUCCUAACGUACGCCGACGUUGUCAUCAAUGCAAUAUCUCCUCACCGUUUCGAAAGCUACCUCUGAUUUCUUCAACCAGCAAACCAGCUCAAAGAGACACGCGCUGCUAGUGUUCUCAUUACAAAGCAGGGGAUGGCAGUGAGUGCCAACGUUGAAAACAAACCUUGUUGUAAGGGCAGGUGAACAAGUCAGGGCGGUAAUAACUGAAUUCUGAGGUCUGUUUGUAGUCAUAUGUAGAACUAAUCAUGCAGCUAAGAGGAAAAAAGUACUGUGUUUUGUACUAGUUAUUUUGUUCUUUUUUUCACAUUAGCAUAUAUCUGACAUUUGUAACUAGACACUCUUGUCUCUGCAGCUGGGAUGUCUGUUUUACAUUUUUAACUUGAAUAUAUAUUUUGUACUGAUUAUUCAAUGGUUUCUAAGGAUCAAGUGCUUGUAUGACACUAAAUGAUAUCGUUGCGAAUGGAUUUUUCUUUUCUUUCCCUAUUUUUUCUCUCCACUAUUGCUCUGAAUUUAUAGUUUAGUUCCUAUGUACUAUUCAGAUAUGUACCUCAAAAAAAAAAUGGAUAAAAUGGACUAAUAAUCAGCUGACAAAUACCUACCUCCAGUCUUGAAAAUGGAAAACCUUUUUUGCCUGGUUUCUUUCAGUAUUAAUGUACUGAAAAAGACUUCAGGUCUGCACAAGAUCCUGUUAUACAAACAUAUUACAUUUAAAUGAAUUUUGCUUUCAUUUUAAUUCAGCUGGUGGAGUAGAUGGCUAAGGAAACGACUACACACACAAAUACACAUAACAAAAAAGAAACUUGAAACAUUUCAGGUUUGAAAAAAUAUGUUCGGGUUUUGUAUAUUGCAUAUAUGGAUAUGUUUUUGAAAAUUAGUAGAUAUUGAGAUAUACUUGAUUAAUGUGAUUUUCUUUUUUUCCUCUUCAGAUGUAUAUGUAAUGCAUAUGUAGUUAAAGAAUACACCUUUUCAACCUGUCACCAUGAAAACCUUAAGAAAAAGUUAGCAUGGUAAUCUCAACUGGGCCUGAGGUAGAGCCUCAGAGGAAGCUAAUGGAACUGUUGGCAUGCCCCUUGAACUCACAAUGGCAUGUAAUGACCGUCUUUAUAUGCGGCAGCUUGGCUUUUGCCACAAACCAACAUUGAACGUUGCUCAAACACUGUAAUGCUACUACCUAAAUGGUUACAGUUCUUGUAAAAGUGUCAGUUUUCGAAUCGGACCGCUUCUUUACUCUCUUACGAGUUCAACAGAUGUAACAGUUGCUUGCUUAAGUGGAUGGAUGGUGUUUCUCAGCUCGACCUCAGUGGUGGUUGCGUUUUAACACUGUUUUGAGGGCGUUUUUGGGAGAUCUGUACAUAAUGGCAACUAUGGCGCACUGCUUUCAGCCCUCCUUAAACUUGGCAUUGUGUUCAGAUACUUCCUAUGUUGGUUUGAAUAUGUAUCCAAAGGAGCCACUGUUCAUGUGCUUUCAAACUCUGGGUGUCUUAAUGAAGAUGAAGUUGUAUUUUCAUGACAACAUGUUCCAGUACAAUCGAAUACACUUUUCUACCUCCAAGAGGGCCUCCUGUUACCUCAUUUUUUUUUCAAACUUACUAUCUGCUUAAAUUCAGGUGCCUAUGUCCACAGAGAAUGGCGUAAAGUUUUAAAUUUCUAUAUAUAAAUCUAAAUAUUCAUAGUUUAUUUUUGUGUGUUUCGGGGGGGGGGGGUUGUUUUAUAAGACUGUAUCUCUCUGCCUCUCAGUCACAAGUCAGGUAUGACUGGACAAUUUGACUUGUUUUUAAAAUGUUGUCUUACAUUUAUGCAUUUUUUUGUAGUUUCUGCGGCUGUGGAGAUGGAAAAGUAUCACUCGGUGGUUACUCUCAGCUUUCCUCACUUGAUAUAUAACAUGUUUUCUAACUAUUAUGGCUGUUUCACUUAGUAUUGCUGUUUGUGAUUUCACUUAAAAUUGCUUGCUUGUUUAAAAAAAAGGACAAAAAAAGAAAACGUAUUAGAAAAAAUGUUCUCUUUAUACGUAUCCACCUCUUUAUUCAGCACAAUAAAAAAGGUGUCUGUGACCAUUGUUGUGUCAAUAUUA